AUCAUAAUCGAAGAUUCGGAUGUUGAUGAUGAAAAUGAAGAAGAAGAAGAAUAAAUAGCUGAAAAACCUAAAAAGUAAAAUGAAAAAUUUAAGUCCUUCUUAGCUAGAGUUUUUACCUAAAUUUUAAUGCGCACGCUCAAAUAUCAUGGUGUUAAAUGA